AUGUCAUUCAGAAAGAAAACUAAGUAAGUCAAGAAGGUUAACUUGGGCUUCAAGAUCGACUGCUCUCAACCCGUUGAAGAUAAGGUCAUCCUUAUCGGUGAAUUCGCCGAAUUCUUGAAAUCCAAGAUUAAAGUCGGUGGUAAGCUCGGUAACUUGGGUGAAAACAUCACCAUCAGCAACGAUGACAAGAAGAUUAACGUCUAAUCCACCAUCCCCUUCUCCAAGAGAUACCUUAAGUACUUAACCAAGAAGUACCUUAAGAAGUAAGACUUGAGAAACUAUCUCUACGUCACCUCUUCUGACAAGAACUCUUACCAACUUAGAUAUUUCAACAUUCAAUAAGACCAAGCUGAGUGA